AUGAGCCGCGAAGUACAAUUUUGUUUUGCUAUUCCGCGCGCCGAGGGAUUUCCUCCUGUCAAACGUUCUUCCCAGAUUCACUCGUUUGCUAUUCAGGACAUCCUUGGUCUUAGCGAGAAGAGCUCAAAACCGAAGGCGGCAAGUCACCAAAGUGUGAGCCUUGUAAAAUGCUUUUCGCCGGUUUCAGCCCGAUUAGAGGCUCAGAAUGCCGACCAUGAAAAGGCUUCUGCACUACCAGGUGAGUGUCUGCCACAAUUUCUACUUUGUUAUCCCAAGAUCAGAUUUCGUUUAACUGCAUUUUAAACACCCCUUCUACGGUUGUUUUAGUGAGCUGUUCCGCUGCGGUCGUCGGUGUCUUGAUUGGAACAAAUGAUCGAAAGUAAUGGUUUGUAAUGCCCUAAUUAACAACUGGUGUUCAUUUCAAGCCUUAGCAGACAGAUUCGUCAAACCGUCGGGGAUUUCUUUCCGUUAUCUUUUUCGAGUAAUUCCGUGAAUUUGCCAGAAAACUUUAUUCUCAAAAGACUUCACAAUGAAAUAAAUUUGGUUUCCGGACGAUAGAUAGUACAAACCUAGGCUGGAUUUACUUCAAAAUGUUUGAUUGCAUUUUAAUGGAUUUCUAACUGAACGCAACAAACUCCGGAAAAAACAGCUGCCACGCUUAUAAUAUAGUAGAGUUUCGCAAGAAAUUUACUAACGCUUGUAUGUUUCAUUCCGCUAUUUGUGUUUUGUAUUACUAUAAGAGUUUUUCGCGUUCUGUCACAGCGUAUAAAUUUGUGGAUAACAAUUCUGUUUAGUUUCUAUUAAAAUGAAAAUGGCAGAUUUAUUCCAGUGAGAGACUGCUAAUUCGCAGAAAUAUCAACUCCUUCAAGGCGUCUAAAUGGAAAAUCAUUUCAUCCUUAGAUCAUCACGGGACAGACAGUAGUAAAAUUGACAAGUGCCUGUACCUAAAGGGAGACAAAACUACGGCGAAUAAGAAGGCACCCAAAAAGCGUCGACAUCGCACUAUUUUCACAAAUUAUCAACUAGAAGAACUGGAAAAGGCUUUUAAAGACAGCCACUAUCCUGACGUGUAUGCGAGGGAAAACCUUUCUGCCAAAAUCGAAUUACCCGAAGACCGAAUUCAGGUAUAGUUAAAAAUAUUUAUUUAUUUAUUUAUUUUCUACUUUUCCAAAAACAUUCCAACGACAAGCGGGGGAAAAAUCCCUGAGGAAGGCUCAGUCGGCCUUUAAAUUUUUAAUUAGUAUAUUUUUUUGAUUUUUGAUCACCUUCCUUCAGUGCGUGGCUCAAAAAGAAGACAUCUGCCUUAGCGACGCAAAGUAAUGCUUUUGUACCGACGAUCUGAUGAGCUUCUUAUGCAGAUAGAACGUCCUGGAAAAAAUUGAAAUGAAACUGAAAAAAAAAAAAAAAACAACUCUGCGUUGAUUAAAACACAAACGAUUCGCGGCGUGUAAAUGCUUUGCCCAUCUCACCGAAUUUGUUUUGUUCGCCACGAUGGUGAAAGCUCCGGGAAUAAAAAUUAGUCCGCAAUUGGCAUUCAUUAGUGUUCAUUAAAGUUAUGAACUCCUUUUAAUUACCGUCAUUAUACGCCGACCUGAUUUCAGAGCCGCAGGUGUUUCUGAUUUGACAACAAGCGAGGUUUUCAAUGAUUCUUCAUUUUUUUUUCUGAAAUAAUAAUGAUGAUAAUAAACCGAGAUCAAGACUCACGUCAAACAAGGGCUCGUAAUCUUGAAUACUAUCUAAAAUCCACACUUGAGGUAAAUUAAAAACCAAAAAAUUUGAAUUUUUUUCUCACCAUAAACCGAACAAAGCGUUCAACAAAUGGUGCCAAAAAUAUUGUUAGUAUAUUAGCUAUUGUAAAAAAAUCGGCGGAAAACGGUCUUUAAAUGUAUGCUUUCCAAAAUUGGAGGGAAUCUUUAUGCGACGGAAAAAUACAUCGGAAGUUGAACAGAAAAAGGAGCAAGCCGGUCUACAAUUGAAAAAAUUUUAAUUGCAUGCCAUUUUUUUUCUUUGAACUAUGUCGCCUUUUUGUUGAGCGGAUUCACUUUUCCUCGGAAUUUGAAAUUUUACAUAUUUGGUGGUCGGUAAUUGCUUUCUUAAUUAUAAUUCAACGACCUUUUCGGUAUAGCCAUCAAGUUGAUUUAGCGCCCUUAAAUUUUUAUUAUUGCGUAAAUAUAGCAUAUUAUACGAGUAUAUGGCGGCGGAAAUAUACUGCGAUAACAUGCCAUAAAGCGAAAUAAAAACUAACAGGAAACACAUACAGUUCUAAUGAAGUUUGCACGAGGGUGAAAACUAACUUGUCUAUAUUUCAUUCUCAAAGUUGACAUGAAUCAAUACUAAAGUUUGCAAAAGAGUCUUUUCAUCUGUCACGGUUUGCAAGUUAAGGUAUAUUGGGCUAAUGUAAGAAUUUGACUUAGGAAAACAUCCUUCAACCACAUUUCCUAAAAGGAGACAUUUUGCCGGUGGGUUUGCGUUUAAUUUGGAGCCUAACAGCCUUUUCAAUUAUACACUUGCAAUGUCUCACAAGCACGUUUGUGUUGGGAAGUUUUUGUUUUUCGUUAUCAUUACAUCGAGAAUUAAAUGAAAGAAAAUUUGACAAGCCCGUUUCUCACAAGUACUGUUGUAAUUACUUUUUAACAGAAUCCUCAAACACUGCCGGAAAACCUCCACAUUUCAAUAAGCUUUGACAAACAAUGAUUAGCGAGUUAGGUUUCGUCUCGAAUUCUCCUUUUUAUCAGUCUCUCGACUUUCCUCAAUCUUUGAAUGAGCAUUGAUCUACGUGCAUGAUAACAGGUUUUCUCUCGAUUUUCUUUUAUUUCAAAAGCUGACAAAAUUUCCGCGUAGAAUACAAAUUUGCGUCGCGUCACAGCAAAAGAACGCGUUCAUUUCGCUGCCAUUGAGAAAAACAAGUUUAAUUCUCCUUGACAGCGUUUGUAAUUGUUACUUGUGAUGAGAUUCAAACUGUGUUUUCCCGCUGAGAUAGUUUAAGGCCGUUGUUUCAGUCAGGAUUAAUAGCUCUAUUCAGCUGUCUUGGCAAGCGAAUUAGUAAUCUUACACUGACCGUGCUAGCGAUUGAUCUGUGUAUUACGAUAUCAGCUGAAUCAUUUUAGCACGCACGGAUGAAUCGGGAGCGUUUUCAUCACCAAAAACUCCCGGCGCGGGGGCGACUGAAAUAUGCAUUUGACCACUUCAACCUCGGCGAGUUUGGAUCCCCUUAAGGAGGGGACAACAGCGGACUCUGGGCUUGGGUUUGAAGUUAAAAAUUAGAAAUAAACACUUUGUAAAAAUUCAGACUGAACUGCUAAGAGAAGUCCAUAAACUUUUCGCUGCUAAUCAAAACAAUCGAUUUGUGCUGGAGUUCACCGCCCGUAAACAAAUUGAGUGCGCGCUCGAAAUACGUACUUCGUUAUUAAAACUACCCAUCUUCAUUUAUUUCAAGGACUGAAGACAGUCUUUCUAAUUAGAACCUUUGCCAUACAUAAUGUUGUCUCCGUACUGUAAAUUCGUUACCAGUUUUAUACAAGGAAAUCUCCAUUUUCGGUUCGAUUUUGAUUUUUCUAAACACCGCGUCCCCGUUUUAAUUACCAUUGCCCAGAAGAGUAAAUAAUUCGAUGUUGUUUCGAGUUUUCUAGCUAAUCAUUAAAACCUUCAGUGAUAUCUCUGAUUUAUAAGCAAGCCAAUUUUCUCAUGCUUGAGCCAUAGGCUUACUCUUUCAGCCAAGAUACAAUCAAAGAAGCUGCGAAGCGGCGCCAUUGUUUAUAAUGUUUUUUUCCAAAUUGCCAAAACAGACAAUCUAAUAAGAAAACGGCUUAAUUUCUUUUUUGAGAAAUUGAUGAAACAUUCAAGAAAACCUAAAGAAAGAGAGGAACACGGUGUUGAUUUAAAACAGCGUGCACUCCAAAACUUGCCUUUCAAGUGCGUGUGUUUUACGGAUAAAUUUCCACUCUCCGGAAAACACCACGCUAAGUUAGAUGAAGCCCUUAGGUCAUAUCAGAGAUCUUUUAAUAUUUUGUUUGUUAUUUUACUCUGUGUCCUUGCCUAUUGGCUCUUUUGUAAAGCUAAUUUAAACGAGGCAGUGGCUACCUCUUGAAAGAAAUUCUGAGGUUGUUUUGACUGCAUUUAAAACUAACUAGCUUUAUAUCCGACGACCAGAAGCAGCUUCAAUUUGUGAAAACAUACAGAAGGAAAAAAUGAAAACCAUGAAAGAAAAUUCUCUCCAAAAUUAUUAAAAGUUAUAUACCUUCAAAAAUAAUACAACGAACGUGUUGUGGUCAAAUCAUACUGUUGUUCGUCACAAUUUAAACAAUAGAAGCUUGAACUGCUCAUAAAUUUCCUCCAUCGUUUCUAUCCGCUGGAUGUUCCUUUCAGUUCAAAAUUGCAUGGUUAAAUAACGAAAAAGGAACUUCUUAAAACAAGACAGUAGCUAAGGAAAAUUGUUAUUGUUACAACAAAAGUAUUUAAAAAAUUAACGAAGUCGUUUUCGUGGGUGCGUGUUACAACUUCCGCCAUCUUGCACAUUUGCGACCGUAAACUUCUGGGCUACACACAUAUUCGUACAUCUUCUCCGUAGAACUUAUGCUUUUGCUGAAUAUAACAUUCACCAAUCAGUGCUAAUAAAAAACAUCAUUAGAGAAACUAUAAUUAGGCUUAAAACAAAUUUCCAAAUUGCCUUGGUCGAAAAUAUCACAGAGGAGACAACAAAGAAACAUUGGUUAAGAUUAUAAGUUAGUAGUCGGCAGAAAGUAGAAAAAAAAAAAACGUUUUAAAAGAUAGGAAGAUUCAUCAGGAGUAAAGACUUCAAAUCUACUUUAUAAAUUUCAUUUUUUUGUUUCAGGGAUGAAAAACUGCACGACUUUCGUUAGUUGUAUAAUUCCGGCAGUUCACCUGCUUUUUUUUUCGACUCAAAAUGUUUACCCAAACUACUUCAAGUCAGCUUAUAAACUACCCAUUUAUGUCCAGCUGUUUGGAACGGUUCGCGAGCGCUUAUAAAAAUCCUCCUGCAAUCAUAGUUCGAAAAGUGAAAGACGUGAACUUUUAUGUAACGCCGCAAAACGAAAAUUGUUUAUACUAAAUUUGUCGUUGAACAGUAUGGCGUUGGUCGGUUAGGGCUUGUUUUAAAUCAACAUGACAAUCAAAACGAACUAAAGGUCUCGUAAAUUUUGCUCCAGGCGAUGUGGAAGAGUAAUGAAACUAGUUUAUAUGCGGUAAAAUUAAUAGACUCGUCAUGGAAUCGAAGUUGAAAAGAAACUGUUGCUCAGAAUUUGCAUCCAAAUUUUCUGGCUAGAAAUUAAGGCUGAGAGACAUGACAGAAAGCCUACAAAUGAAGAUUCAAAUGAAAAUGGAAAAUAAAGAAAAAAAAAAAAGACUCCAAAAAAAAAAUGUUCCACUUAUUCCAAAUUAAUAAAUUUCAAUUAAAAAUUUGCUUCUCAAUGAAAAAUGCCCUGAAUCUCAAAAAAUUAAUCACUUCCUGAACAUGUUCGAUAAAUUUCACGAUUUCAGGAUACUUAUUAAGACUUAGAACUAGACUCACUCCGUUUGCAUGUUUGAACACAAGAAUGUUGCAAAAAAUAAACGGAAAAUGUAUAGUUUAGCGCGUAUAGACUGCUUUUACUGUUUAGAAAUGCCUGAUUAGUUUAUGACAAAAGUAUUUGCUUCUUUUGGAGACAAUUUAUCACGUAAAUCGCAGUCUUUUGUUCAUCAAAUUCUGCUCAAAAAAAAAAAUUUUUGAAAAGAAAAAGCACAAGGUGAAGCGUAAAUCAAACUAACAAAGAGCAAGGUGCAUUUCGACAAAUUUUUUCUUAUCAGCAUCUUUUCUUUAUUAUUUUUCGCGUCGUGGUGGCCGACAAGUUAUUAACUAUUUUUGGCCUUUUCGAGGACAGAAGAAGAAAAAAUAUGAGUAAUUUUAAUCACAAAGCUGGGAAAACUAUCUUCCGUUCUUUUGUCAGAAAGGCUUACUAAUUCAAACCCAUUUAAAAGUUUAAGCGUGUGGCCACGUUUCUUGUUUUCAAGGGUUUCCGUGUUUGCAUGCCGUGCGCCGAAAGAAUAAUUUUUAACUGAAAACUUUGCGCACUUCAAAAUGGGAAAGGCUGUUUGUCUCUGAUAAAUCAAACAAUCAUUAACAAAACAAUGCCAUUUAGGAAUGAAUAGAUGAUAAAUAUUCUACACAGUCUUUUUUCUAUCUUCUCGGCAAAUUAUAACCUUGACUUUUUAGGUCUUUAAGAAUCGGCGAUAAAUCUAGCUUACAUAAAUCUAGCUUACAUAAAUCUAGCUUACAUAACUGUAAUGCACGAAGUAAAAUGGACUCCUUAAAUUAACCAGCUUUUAACUUAAAAAUAAAAAGUAAAAAAGAAAAAACCAGUUAAGUUAUAAUCACUGAUAGAAAUAAUUUUCUUUUCCGUUACCUUUUUUUGUUUUUUUUUUUGGUGGAAUCAUUAUGAGAAUCUAUCGUUAAUUAAUCGUUGCCCUCUCUCUCAUGGUCAUGAAAAUUUCGGGAGGAAACUAAACAAAACUCUGAUAAAAUAUUCUCCUUUUUCAACAUUCAAGGCAUAUAAUGAAAACCUGAAACUAUGAAGACGCUGUUUUUCUGCGGCCUGAGUUACAAUUGCUUUGAGUUUAGCUGUUUUGGCGGUCUUAUUGCAAACACAAAAGAACAAAUUAUGAAAACUCCCAGUAAUACGACACUAACAAGCAAAAACAAAACAUUAUUAGUUUUGAAAAGCGGGCCUUCAUUGUAUAAACUUGCUCUUCAGGCAAUCUAGAUCACUAAAGAUCAUUACGAUUAAUUUUAGAACAAAACGUGCCCAUAAAUAAGGUUUUGAUAGCUAUAUAAACUAACUUUUAACGACCUCACGCAUACUCAACAAAAUCACUAAUUCGUACAAUAAUCAAGCCAUCCACAAUAGGUCAUUAGGCAUAAAAUUAACACAUAAACAGCGCUCGAAAAGCAGAGAUUAAUUGAAGCACCAAGUAAACAUUGCUUUCUUUUUAAUAACGUAAAAUUCCUGGGUUGCACACCGCCAGCAUAUUAUGAAAAAAGUGAACAGAUUUCCGCUUCGAUAAGUCGAGUCUGGGAUUACAGAAAUUGGACAGGAGCAAGUUUCUUAUUCGGUUCAGAGCGACAUGAACUGUUAUGAAAUAGGAAGUAAAUUUAUCGGAUUGGAAAAUUAAUAACUGGAAAGUUUAUCCCGGGUAGCCUUGGAAGGAAGAUAACUCUGCUUAUCUCUGUUUAUUAGUUUCAAGUUCAAAGAAAAGACUUCCUCGAAUGAACAACAAAGACGUCGUUUUCAUUCAUUUAUUCUUGGCCUUUAUUUUCCAAACUGCCUUAGACCUUUCGUUUAGAGAGCCUUUCUUUACAAUUUACGCUUGAAGAGGCUCUUCUUACCUUGUUAAAACUCACUGCGAAUAAUUAAAAUUUCCAAUAUUCUUAUAAUAGGGGAGCCUGUUUUUGAGGUUGAUGCUAUUUUGUUUGAAAAUAUAAAUCUCAAUUUCCUCUUUCAUAAAAACGUUAUCAGAGAUAUCUAUACUAGAUGCAUGUAGUCAGUUAUAUGUUAAGGAACGCUAUAUAUUUGACUUUGUUUAACAACAAUUUGUCUCGACUGCAAAAAGCCUCAACCAGAGUUGCAUGAAUAAUUUUCCGCGACAUUUUUUAGAAACACGAGGACUGUGCUUUUCGAAAAUCAUCGAAAAUGAAUUUUAAAUAGAAAUCUUUGAUCUUAUGUAAAAUGAAAAUGAAGGUAGAUGUAUUCUUAAAAUUAAAGUUUUGAUUUUGUCAUGAGAGAAUUUUCAAUCGAGUUUGGAAAAAUUAUUCAGGAGUAAAUUGCUUUUGUUUUCCAAAGUGUUUUGCGCUCUCGAAGUCGGUUCCUCACUGAACUUAUAUUACUUAUAGAGCAAACACUCCUUCUUUAAAUCAUUUUUGCCUUGCUCGCUUUUUCCAAAGAUCUUUACGAGCCGAAACUAAUGGAGUAACUCUUAUUUUCACUUCGUCAGGUCUGGUUUCAAAAUCGACGGGCAAAAUGGCGAAAGAAGGAAAAGUGUUGGGGUCACAGCUCCAUAAUGGCCGAGUACGGGUUGUAUGGAGCGAUGGUACGACACUCCUUACCCCUUCCCCCUCAUCUCACCUCUAACUCGGCCCCAUGGCUGCUCGGCAUGCAUAAAAAAGCAAAGCUCAUGGAAGAUAAAAUCAAGGUAGAGACCUCGAAAGAGACUGGGGAUGACCUCAGGUCCCACAGUAUUGCGUCACUGAGGCAGCGAGCUCAGGAGCACAAUGCCGCAGUCAAGCAUCUUCAAGAACAAGAGGCCAUGAUGAUACAGGUGUAUAAAAAUAAAGAAUCGAAGGAAAGGAAGCUUUCCGACAGUGGAUCCGAAGGAGAAACCGAUUUGGAAGAUAUGUGA